AACAACGAACGAAGAACGAACGACGUGCCGAUGAAUUGCGGUUGUAAAAGGGAAAGUUAUUUCUUCUUGAUUUUAGUGAGAUCAAGUUCAAAAGCGUAGUAAUAUAAGCAAUAAAACAAUAGGUUUUUUUGUUUCAACAACAUUUAACACUCUAAAUAAACAUGGCUGAUGUAGCAGAUGUGAGCACUUCAUCGCCAGCAGAGUUGCUAAGCGUAGGCAGGAGACAUCUUGCGGUGAGAAACUAUAGUGCUGCGGUUGAGGCUUUGACUAAGGCCUGCGAGCUGCUUGCUGCUGAACAUGGUGAUACCGCUGACCAGUGUGCUGAAGCUUAUUUAUGGUACGGCAAAGCCCUCCUUGGUUUAUCAAGAGAAGAAAGCGGUGUCUUAGGAGAUGGUAUGCCGGGAACUGGUAAUGCAGAUGAAGAUGAAAAUGGAGAUCAAGAAGAUAAUGAUGAAGAACAGAAUGAAGAUGGUGAAGAGGGCACUGAAGCAGAAGCCAAAAUGGAGACUCAGGAUGAUUCAGCUGACAGUGGAACUGAAGUGGAGAAGACCGAAGCUGAAUCUACCACAAAGGAUGACGAACCAACUGUGGUAGCAUCCAGCGGGAAUGAUGAUGAGAAACCUGGGACUUCAAAUGGUGAUGCAAUGGAUGAGACUAUGGACAAUUUGGACAAUGAAGACGAUGUUGACAACCUGCAAUUAGCAUGGGAAACACUUGAUCUGGCACGCAGUAUUCUGAAGCGUCGUGUGGAGGCGGGAGGCGGGGAUGCUGCAAGAACGCUACUGGCUGACGUACAUCUUGCGCUGGGAGAGGUCGCUCUGGAGAGUGAGACCUACGACAAAGCUGUCACAGAUAUGAUGACCUGUUUGGAAAUUCAAAAAGAACUGUACAGCAGUGAUGAUAGGUGUAUAGCUGAAACGCACUAUCAAAUUGGUCUCGCAAACUCUUUGGCAUCAAGCUUCGAUGAUGCAGUAACACAUUUCAAGAAUGCAGCGAAUAUUCUAGAGUCGAGAAUCAAAGCAUUAGAGAGUGCUAAUCCUAAAGAUGAUGCUACUAUAAAGAAAUAUAAAUUAAACGAUCCAUUCUAUUCUAUUGAAGCAGAGAUAAAGGAAUUAAAGGAACUUCUACCUGAAAUACAAGAAAAGAUUCAGGAUAUGACAGAUUGCAAAGCCGAGACGAUAAAGCGAGUCCGUGAGACUUUAUGCCCAGAGAAUGGCGAGGGUUCAGGAGAACCAAGCAUUGCCAGUUCGACUACCUCUGAACCCAAACUUAAACCUGCUGCAUCAGACAUCUCGCAUCUUAUCAAGAGAAAGAGGAAGGCUAGUGACAGUGAGGCGGAUUCUGUCUCAAAGAAAGUUAAUACGUGAAGUGUGUUUUUGUGUUUGAUUAGUGAAAAAAGUGAUGUUUUAGUGUUAAGAAGCCUUCUAAUUAAGUUAAGGACAUCCAAGGUAAGUUUUUAAGAUGAAUCUACUUGAAAUUCAGUGGUUAUUAUUUUUA